AUCCGACAGUGACAGAUUUAUGACAAUCUACUUAACCUAUGUAAGAAACCGAUUGUUUUCACAUCUAAGAUCCAAGUUUUUACUGGUUUUACAUUGUUUUUCUCCUUUAAAAGUUGGAAUCAAUGGAAACUGGUGACUAUUUUGAAAGCUAUGAAGAUAUAGGGAUUCACAAACUAAUGUUAGAGGAUGCGCCAAGGAAUAAAGCAUACAGAGAAUCAAUACACGAUAAUAAAGAGCUAUUUAAAGAUAAAGUUGUCCUAGAUGUUGGUGCAGGAACAGGGUUCCUUUCAGUCCUUUGUGCCCAGGCUGGUGCAAAAACUGUAUAUGCUGUGGAAGCCAGCAAUGUCUACACCAUAGCAGAAGAACUUGCGGCAGAAAAUAACUUUAGCAGCGUAAUCAAGGUUGUGAAUGGUAGAGUUGAGGAUAUUGAGUUACCAGAAAAGGUGGAUAUAAUAGUAUCUGAGUGGAUGGGUUUUUAUUUGCUUCAUGAAGGAAUGCUGAAUUCCGUCAUUGAGGCCAGAGACAGAUUUUUGAAACCAGACGGGCUCUUGUUUCCGGAAUCAGCAACUCUAUAUUCAGCACCAUGUAGCAUACCCUCACUUUACGGUUACUGGCAGGACGUACAAGGCGUGUCAAUGAACUGUUUGGCGUCUAAACUUCGCGAACAAGCCUCUAAAAAGCCAGUGACUGAGAUCGUUGCCUCAGACGAUUUGCUAUCCGACGCUGAGGUUGUCGUAUGGUUAGAUCUCAGAGAAGUGACCUGUGACGAUAUUAAAAGCAUAGAGAUGAGGCACGUUGCUGUUGCGAAUAAGGAAGGAAGAUAUCAAGGUAUUUGUCUUUGGUUCACCUGCACAUUCCCGAGCGUACAAACAGAGCCAGUUACACUAUCUACAGAACCAGAAGAACUUCCUACACAUUGGAAACAGACAGUUAUUGUGUUACCGACAGAUGUGCCAGUAGAAUUAGGGACACCCAUAGCUUAUGAUCUUUCCUUGAAGCAAUCGCCAGAAAAUUGUAGAAGGUAUAUCAUAGAAGUGACAAUGCUGGAUCCCGAGGAAGUAGAACAUCCAGAAUAUUGCCUUUGUCAUAUGACCAAGUGCAUUCUAGUAAGGGCAAUGUUCGAGAAAUACGAUAAAGAGUACGUAGGGGACGCGGAACGUGAUAAAGAAAAGGGAGACGAUGAGAAGGAGGAUGAAGAAAGUACCGAAAAGGAAAAUGCAAUGAACUUAGAGGAGGAAAAGGAAAACUGUGAAGUUGAUAAUGACGGAGGAGAAGAUUAAUCUAAAAAAGAGGUCUCAGUGCAAAAUGGGAGAAUACAUUCACGCACCGGACGUAGAUGUCACAUAUCCGCUUCAGGGCACAAAUGAGCUACUUAUGUUCAAUCUUGCAUGGAUAAAUGUAACCAUUCACCAACAUGUAUUAUUCUCAUCUAUACCGUAGUAGUCAGGAGUUACACGAUUAUUUACCGGCUUGUCCUUUUAAAUCUUUUCACAGUUUAUAACAGAUAAUAGCUUUGAGAUGUCUGUUCUUUGUAGAAAGUAGCUGUUAUGUCUCCACCCUAUGACCAUUUGUGAUGAAUAGAAUGUGAACGUGUUACUAUUACAAUAAACGUCACUUGAGAUAUCCUUUUUGUAUUCUCCGGUUUUGUAUAGGAUCAGUGUAUGUAUGGGAGCCAAUAUCGUACUGCUAGCAACAGAUAAUGCAAACUUCAGAAGAAAUUGUUAAUGCGAGCAUUAGGGUAUCCCAGUCUAUGAGAGCAAACACAUUUUUGUUCGAUUUCACUAACAACUCAAAAAAUUAAUAUAACGAGAACCCAUGCCUCAGUCAAACUUUGAAUUUGACAGUUAAUAGGGAAACUAUGUAUGGAUUUCAAAACCUAAUUCUUAUUCGACAAAUAAA